AUGGCUGUAGCCCAUCUCGUUGGUUUCUGCUGUGAAAGUUUGGAGAGAGAAGUAGAAGAUCAGAUGUUGUGCGAAUGGUCUGUCCGAGAUCUAAAUGACAUGAUAUUCCUGGCUGUUAAGAGACCUGGAAAGAAAUUGUAUUUGAAACAUUACAAGGACAAAGCCGAAGACGAUCUCCGAAGAGGAAACUUGGAAAAAAUAGUCAACGAGAUAUCGCAUCAUAACUUAUUGGCAGAUUUAGGAAUGACUAAAUUUACUAGAGGCCUCAAUAAAUACUCUGACUUGACCAAAGAAGAGUUCCAGAAAUAUUUAACUGGUUACAGACCAGAAAUUGAUACAAAACAGAAUAAAACACAUCAGAGGUCAAAGAGAGCUAAUACAUCGUUGCCAAAGAAUAUUGAUUGGGUAAAAAAGGGAGCUGUCACACCUGUACCGGAUCAGGGUCAUUGUGCCAGUUGCUGGGCUUUCGUUGCUCUGGGAUCGCUGGAGGCUCAACAGUAUUUCAAAACUGGAACUCUCAAAAGUCUCAGCGUUCAAAAUAUCAUUGACUGUGCUACAGAAAAGGGUCAUGGUUGUGAUGCAGGAUUAAUGAUUACAGCGUAUAAAUAUGCAAAGAAAAAUGGCGUCGAUACACGUGAUGUUUAUCCUUAUAAAGAAAAG